AUGGAUACGGACUUGAAGUGCAAUAGGCUCACUUGUCGUAAAGCAUUGGCGGAUAAAGCAGUUGUCGCUCUCACAUCUUCUGCGUGGACUGCGCAAACGAGCUGUUUAAUGCAUCACGACUUUGUCCAGCAUUUCACGCUGAAGUUCACAUAUGAAGCCUGCGAGACGUCAUUGACGGAGCCGGAUGACGUGGUCCCAGUCAGUUUUGUCUGGGUUAAGCCCUUCCAUAAUAUUAGAAAUAUGCAGCCGAGCGAUGUCGUUUUGGCAAUACCAAAUCCAUCAAGAGAAGCGAGUGACUUGUGCUCAUUGAGCAUGUACACAGAUCACUUACGCAGUUUACCUAGCUCUUUCCAGCAAGCAUUGACACGUGGUAUGAAUGACAAGAAUGCACAGCUGCAAAAACAACUAGAAAACGUUAUCAGGGAAGCAAACGGAGAGAUCAAUCUUCUUAGUAACAAAGUUGCUGAAAUGGAACGUGACUUGGAACUGGAACGUCGUAAGGUCCAUGAAUUGCAAGAAGUAUCGAGGGAACGCGAUAAGGAAUAUCAAAAAUUAAAGGUCUACCGACAACAUAUUUCCAUUCUACUGACAAAGGCUCAACAUGACAAAAUCAAACGCAAAGCUCUCCUUGGCCCUUCGGGCCAAAAUUUGCAGUCCAGUUUUGGGUACAAUGCAAGCAAUACGUUUGAGCGGUCAAUUUCGGAUGACCAAAACAAAGUUAGAUCUGGACAAAAUGCCAACAUUAGUAUCGGUGCGGUCGUCGGUGGCAUGGAGGCAAACGGGAUACAAAGGACGCCUCUAGUCCAUCGCCAUUCAACUGGAGGACCGUUUGCACCUUCCCAUAAUGCAGCUUGGGCACAACCUCAACAAGUUCAAAUGCGUAACCAACACCAACGACAGCCUUUCGGUUUAGCAGAUCAGCCUUAUCAUACAAACUCCGUAUCUGAUCGUUCUGAGAGCGCGAACGAAGUUGAAAAUAUGCUCAUGAGCCGCGGUCGUCCUACUAGUAUGGUACAGCCGGAUAAUCGUCAUCAGAAUGCCACAGCUUGGGCUUCGUCAAGCUCCAAACCCCGCCCGGUCCAACAACGAUACAACUUCGAUCCCAACAAAAACUAUGUCCAGUAA